UCGAAACCUUACUCUAACAAAUUGUAGCUUCGUUUAUCAGUUUGUCUUAAUCUCAUACUGGUUUUAUUUAUGUUUGCUGUCUACUGAUUUAUUUAUUCAAUGUAAUUGCAUUCUAUGAACUUACUGAGACGUCGGCUCAUCUUUUUCUCUGGUUCUUUCUUCAAGAUAAUCUCACAAGCUGCUCCUCACACCCCCCAACACACAAGGUACCUCCUGGCUAAACGUAAACCAACCAAAGGCUGAUGUUAUACAUCUGUUUCAUAUUCGAAACCUUACUCUAACAAGUUUUGGUUUCUAUUCUUUUUUUCUGGUUGCUAUCAAUUGGUUUCUCUAUUGAAUAUAUAAUUUGGAUAUUCGAAAUUCCUUGUGACAAUUUUACUCAGUCCUAUUUGGUAUCAUCUGACAAAACUGGCUAUGGAGACACGUGAAGUUGAAGACUCCACUAGAAAGGAUCUAGAGAUUCAAAAUCCGACAGAGGAAUUUUCAUUUUUUCCUGAGCAUAUUUUCGGUGAAAAUGGCUACCUGAAUUUGGUACGAUAUAUACUUGCCAAGGGUGUUGAACGGACGGAUCGUACCGACACAGGGACGUUUUCAGUUUUUGGCCCACAGCUUCGCUUUUGUCUUAGGAAUAAUGAAUUCCCUCUACUGACUACAAAAACAGUGUUUUUUCGUGGGAUUGUAGAAGAGUUGUUAUGGUUUAUUCGUGGAUCUACAAACUCUCGUGAACUAGCAGAAAAGAAUGUACAUUUCUGGGAUGGAAAUGGAUCUCGUGAAUUCUUGGACGGAUUAGGUUUCACUGAGCGUGAGGAAGGUGAUCUUGGUCCAGUUUAUGGUUUCCAGUGGCGUCACAGUGGAGCAGAAUAUGUAGACUGUAAAACCGACUAUACUGGUCAAGGUGUUGAUCAACUUGCUGAUGUAAUAAAACUUAUACGUGAACGCCCUUGGGAUAGAAGAAUUUUGAUCGUAGCCUGGAAUGUCAAAGAUCUACGUAAAAUGGCUCUCCCUCCCUGUCAUUGUCUUGUUCAGUUUUAUGUUGCAAAUGAUGAGUUAAGUUGUCAAUUAUAUCAACGUUCAGGAGAUAUGGGUCUUGGUGUACCGUUCAAUAUUGCAAGUUACGCUUUAUUAACAUAUAUGAUUGCUCAUGUUACUGGUUUGAAACCUGGUGAAUUCGUCCACACAAUAGGCGAUGCUCAUAUUUAUUCAAACCAUCGUGUGGCGUUACUCGAGCAAAUUAAACGUGUGCCACGACCAUUUCCAAAGUUAGAAAUUGUUCGGGAGGUGAAAAACAUUGAUGACUUUAAAUUUGAAGAUUUUAAACUGAUUGACUAUAAACCUUAUCCAAAAAUAGUUAUGAAAAUGGCACUUUGAAUGAUUAUCUAGAAAAUUUGGUUGAUUAAGAUUAUUUUGUGUUAUUGAAAACCGGAUUUCAGAAUAUAUAAAUCUUAAGGAUUUAGUUUUGAGUUCUUUUUUGAAAAAAAUUGAUUGAAUACUUUGAAUGUUUACAAUUUGUUUGACGAUUUUCUGAUAGAGUAAUAAAAAUGACAUGUAUUUAGUUUUCAAUUAGUUUUCUUUCAUUCGAUUGAAUUCAGC